AUUUAUUCGAAUUCUCGCCGUACGCUCGAGAUUUCCUAAACGGCUGAAGAGAAGACGGUAAAAAGGCAUCGAGGAUGUAGUCGAUUUGUGCAAACGCAUAUAAUAACGAGAUAGACGAUGGACGAACCUAGUGCGUCCCGGCGAAAAGAUCACUGAGAGGAUGCACAAGCAUACCAGUCAGCUUCGCGGUCCAGGUGGCCAUAAUGGCGGCUAUCACAGCGCUAACAGGGGCCCAGUGAGGAGAUGGAACAGCUUCCAUGGUGGCGGUGGCGGUGGCGGUGGCGGUGGCGGUGGCGGUGGCGGUGGCGGUGGCGGUGGCAUGGGUAAUUUCAACGAUGGCGUUGGAAACGGCGGCAUAGUCACGAAGGCCUGUCAGGAGCCCUUCAGGGCUGUGCCUAAGGCGGUGCAAGCCCUCAGGAGUGAGUCCGUCGACAGGACUCAUCGAGCUCAGCCACCGCCACCACCCGCAUUUCCCAGAAGAAGGUUUUCCGUGUGCUUCGGGAAGCGGACGGGUGGCAGCGCCAGGCGACCCAACGAAUGCUUCGUCCUCGAGCCCUCCGAGAUGAUUGUCAUCGACUACCCGGAAGUCCAUGGUGGAGGGAGGAUGCAUCGACCACCGCAUCCCCAUCCCAUAACCGACCAUCGUCAAGUCAAUCUGGUCUUCGAUGACACGUUCUCACAGGGCCUUACAGGCAGGCCGGAGCUAUAUCAGAAAUCAAACAGGAGCAGUCAUUCGAGUGACACAAGUUCAGCAUACAGUGGAUCCGACACUAUGACAUCUGUACAAAGUUCGUUAGAUGCAGAUCCUGAUGAAGUGGAUUUGUCGGGUCUUGUGGAGUCCAUUGUUGAUAGCGAUGAGGAGGAAGAUCUGGCAGAAAGCAUGGAUAGUUUAACGGUACGUGAUCCUGUACGAGAAUGUUUAGAGAAGGAUCCUGUUGAGAGAACAGAAGACGACAUAGAGACGCUUUUAGAAUUUACGCAACAAUUGAAAGCUUUCACAAACAUGACUUUGGCUGUUAGAAGAGCGCUGUGCGCUGUGAUGGUGUUUGCGGUAGUCGAUCGUGCUGGAAUGGUGGUCCUGAAUGACGGCGAGGAACUCGACAGUUGGAGCGUGUUAAUCAACGGUGCUGUUGAGAUUGAGCAUAGCAAUGGUGAGAUUGAACAACUCGGUCUCGGUGAUAGCUUUGGUAUCUUGCCUACUAUGGAGAGGCUGUUACAUCGUGGAGUUAUGAGAACAAAGUGCGACGAUUGCCAAUUUGUUUGUGUCACGCAAGCAGAUUAUUUUCGAAUACAACAUCAAGGUGAAGAGAAUACCAGGAGACAUGAAGAGAAUGGAAGGGUAAUUUUAGUAACUGAAUUGCGGGGAGCUUUGGAUGGUGCAGCGCGAAGAGGUCACGUGGUGAUUCGGGGAACUCCAGAGCGUUUGAUGUUACAGCUCAUUGAAGAAAACAGUAUUACAGAUCCUACUUAUGUGGAAGAUUUUUUAUUGACUCAUCGAACGUUUAUCGAUAGUCCGUUGUUAGUCGCAAGUCAAUUGUUGGAGUGGUUUGAUCAAGCGCAAGUGCGAGAUCGCGUUGCUCGCGUCGUGCUCUUAUGGGUGAACAAUCAUUUUACCGAUUUCGAGACUGAUCCAGCGAUGAUGGAAUUUUUAGAAGCAUUUGAAACUGGACUGGAAAGAGAGAAAAUGUUAGGACAGCAAAGGUUGUUAAAUAUUGCAUGUGCGGCGAAAGCGAGAACGCGGAAUGUAACGUUAGCCAGGCCAAACAGGGACGAGGUCCUAAAUUUUAGCAUUUUAGGAGGAUUUGAGAGAGGUUUUGGUAUAUUUAUCUCAAAAGUUGACAAGAGAUCCAAGGCUGAAGAUGUCGGUUUAAAGAGAGGUGACCAGAUCUUGGAAGUAAACGGCCAAAGUUUCGAGCAUGUAAAUCAUGCGAAAGCUCUUGAUAUUUUGAGAGCUUCUACGCAUCUCAGUAUAACUGUAAAAUCUAAUUUACUUGCUUUCAAAGAAAUGCUUCAAAUGCCAGAUAAUUCUCCGAGACCUCGAGGUAGAUCAAGUAAGCCGGAAAUACCGAGGCUUCAAUCGGAUCCACGAGCUAGAUUAUCAACACAUGUGGAUCCCAUGACUCCUGUAAAUCCUUUAAAUCCUAUGAUUGGUGGGGUACCAUUAUUAAUCCCAGACAACAAUGUGUCACCGUGUAAAGACUCUAAAAAGGAGCACAAGGGAUUUAUGACUCUUGGACCUAAACGGCGACUACAGAAAGCACUUAUGAAAAUGAACAUACUGCCAAAGAAUACGAUCAACGACGGUGUACAUUUGGAUGAUCCUCUUGCUCCACCGCACACACCACCGGGAACAGGGCUUACGCAAACUACUACUAAUCUAUAUCAUUCGAAAAGUAAUCCAGAUCUUACGUCGCUUUAUUGUUACGACGAUUUAAGGGCAAACGAUUAUCCUGAACACGUGCUCAAGGUAUAUAAAGCUGAUCAAACCUGCAAAUAUCUUCUUAUUCACAAAGAAACAACGGCGCAUGAGGUAGUAAUGCUUGCACUUCAAGAAUUUGGUAUAACAGAAAGUAGUUCAAAUUUCUCUCUGGCGGAAGUAAGCGUUGGCGAAGGUGGCAUGAUUAAACAGCGUAGAUUACCAGAUCAAUUACAGAAUCUUGCUGAACGGAUCGGAUUAAGCUCUCGAUACUACUUGAAAACUAACGGAAUUUCCGAAACUUUAGUAGCUGACGAUCAAGCUCCGGAACUCAUUCGAGAGUCUCAAGUACACUUUCUGCAAUUGAAUGCCGUCGAAGUAGCAAUACAACUGACUUUGCAAGACUUCAGUAUAUUCAGGCAAAUCGAGUCCACGGAGUAUGUGGAUGACCUAUUUGAAUUGAAGAGUAGGUAUGGUGUGCCUAUGCUCAGUCAGUUUGCAGAACUAGUCAACAGAGAAAUGUUCUGGGUUGUAACGGAAGUUUGUUCGGAACAUAAUCUCGUACGGCGCAGUAAGAUUAUAAAACAAUUUAUUAAAAUAGCGCGUCAAUGCAAAGAGUGCAAGAAUUUCAAUUCCAUGUUCGCGAUCGUAUCCGGUUUGGGUCAUGGCUCAGUAUCGAGAUUAAGAGCUUCAUGGGAAAAACUGCCAACCAAAUAUCAAAGAUUAUUCAGUGAUUUACAAGAAUUAAUGGAUCCCAGCCGUAAUAUGAGUAAAUAUCGACAAUUGGUGGCGUCUGAACAAACGCAACCACCCAUAAUACCUUUCUAUCCAGUCGUGAAAAAGGACUUGACCUUUAUACAUCUUGGUAAUGACUCAAGAGUAGAAAGUCUAGUGAAUUUCGAAAAACUCAGAAUGAUCGCGAAGGAAGUGAGAACAUUAACGAAUAUGUGUUCCUCACCUUAUGAUUUACUAACUAUGUUAGAAAGGGGUGGGCAACCACCAAGUUCUGCGAUGGUAGCUCUGAACCAAAUGACUACUGGCAAUCAAGGUGACCAAACUGCAACGGUGAAACGACGAAAAAAAUCCACGGCUGCACCAAAUCCGAAAAAAAUGUUUGAGGAAGCACAGAUGGUUCGAAGAGUGAAGGCCUAUCUCGCGAACAUGAAAGUGAUCACCGACGAGGAACGGUUACAUCAACUUUCUGUCGAUUGCGAACCACAUGCAGGAGCGGUUGCAGUUGCAGCUGCGGUACCAUUGGGUGGCAGUCGGGGAAGGAGGCAUCCGUCGCCUACUCUGUCGACUACCAGUAGCGCCAGUAGUACCAGUGAAGGCAGAAAGAGUAUACAAGGUACAAAAUUCGGCGCUGCGUCGCCACAAGCAGUUAGGAAGAUGUUGGCUCUGUCUGAUCCUCACAAGACACGACCAUAUCAACCUAAGCACUGUGCACCGCCGCUACCUGUACCGGGAUUAGCGUUGCAUUCGAGCGGUUUAGAACCUAGUCCAGGUGCACCUAGAAGAGUAGGAUCCGGCAGCAGGGUACCAAUGCACGAACGAUCCCACAGCGAUACACCUGCCAGCUUACCACCGCCUGUUGAUCUUAGUGCAGAGAGCAGUAGUGUAACUAGUUUGAGCAAUCUUCAGCCUCUAAGAAAAACCUUAACAAGUGGUUCGGUGACGAGCAGUGACAGUGGUCAUAGCACUCAACUGGACAGCCACAGCGGGAGCAGCGUGGAAGCGGGCGGCAGCCCACCGCCACCGCAAAGACGGCACUCCGCUCUGCAAGGGUCUGUUAUAAGAGGCGGAGCACCUCCGUUUCCUCACGCGGUAGCAGUGUUACCUCCGCUUCCUGCCAAUCAGAAUCACAACCACAAUCAUCAUCACCAUCAUCACCAUCACCAACAUUAUCACGAUCAUCUUCUUCAUCAUCAUCAUCACCAACCCCCAACUCCUCAAGAUGACGAGGACGCUCAAGUGUCGGCGGUUUAAAUGAUCCACGAGUUUCGCCGAGUCUCAAUUAUCGUUUAGUUAAUUUUGUCAUACUGUUUCUUUUGCAUGGUCAAAAGAGAAAUCGUUGCCGGAUGAUGCCAUGCGCGAACUGUCAAGCGGAAAGAGAAUGCAAGAAAGAUCGAUGACGCUCACGAAUUUUCUUCCUAUAACGGCGAAUGUCGUUUUGCAUUUGUAACAUCCUAAUUCGAUGGCUUUUGAUCCUUAACAUGUCAUGACAUUCUCUUGAGGCGUGGGCCAAUUUUUCAUAUUGAUGGAACCUACUUAGACUUUACUACGAAAAAAGGCGUUUAUUCUUAUUUAAACAGAACGCUUAUCUUCCAAGGGUCACCGCGACGAACCUGAAGGAAUCACCGAGAAUCUCAAGCGUUAAAAUAUUUGUACAACGUAUUGUGGAAAGCAACAAAUAACUGGCAAAUGUAAGCAAGAGAGAAAAGACGGUAGGAGAAUACUUUUCUUUUAUUAGACUGAAGAAACGUUUCUCAAGUAAGCGCUCGUGGGCUUUCACGAGAUAGCGAGAAGCGAAUUAGAUGAGAGGAGAGAAAAUUAUCGUAAUAUUCUAUAUAAAUGUGUAAUAAAACCAAGUCCAAAGAUGUUAUAUAUAUAUAUAUAUUGCGUGUCGCCAGAGAAAGUAUGACGGCGUGUCCUGUAAUAUAUACUUAGUAGGCUAAUCUUUAGUGUCCCAUAAUAGCAUAAGUUGGUGUAAAUAGCGUAGUGUUAUAGUAAUUAGGGGAGAGGAGAGCAGAGAAAUUAUGAGAAAUGAGACAAAGAUUCAUUAUUUAGAGUAGUGCGAUUAGCUUUUGUGUUAAACACAAAAAAAAAACAAUAGUUUCAU